AUGGAUACCAGCGACCUCUUUGCGAGUUGCAGGAAGGGGGAUGUUGGCCGAGUGCGGUACCUGCUGGAGCAGCGUGAUGUGGAGGUGAAUGUCCGAGACAAGUGGGACAGCACCCCCUUAUACUAUGCCUGUUUGUGUGGGCAUGAGGAGCUGGUACUCUACCUUCUGGACAAUGGAGCCCGCUGUGAGGCCAACACCUUUGAUGGAGAACGUUGCCUCUAUGGGGCGCUAAGUGAUGCCAUCCGACGAGCGCUUCGAGACUACAAGCAGGUCACUGCUUCCUGCAGGAGACGGGACUACUAUGAUGACUUCCUACAGCGGCUUUUAGAGCAGGGCAGCCACAGUGACGUGGUGUUUGUUGUGCAUGGGAAGCCAUUCAGGGCACACCGCUGUGUCCUGGGGGCGCGCAGCACCUAUUUUGCCAACAUGCUGGACACCAAAUGGAAGGGCAAAAGCGUCGUGGUCCUUAGGCACCCACUGAUCAACCCUGUGGCCUUUGGGGCCCUGCUGCAGUACUUGUACACAGGACGCCUGGAUGUUGGUGUGGAACACGUCAGUGACUGUGAGCGCCUGGCCAAGCAGUGCCAGCUGUGGGACCUGCUCAGCAACCUUGAGGCCAAGUGUGAGAAGGUGUUCGAGUUUGUGGCCUCUAAGCCAGGCACUUGUGUGAAGGUCCUGACCAUUGAGCCACUGCCCACUGACUCCCGCCUGCAGGAGGACCUGGCGCUCCUGGCCAACUGCGCCCUGCCCCCUGAGCUCCACGGUGAUCUUGGGCAACUGCCCUUCCCCUACCCGGAUGGCUUCAACAGUUGCCCCGACAUCUGCUUCCAUGUGGCCGAUUGCAGCUUCCUCUGCCACAAGGCCUUCUUCUGUGGCCGCAGCGACUAUUUCCGGGCUCUGCUGGAUGAUCACUUCCGAGAGAAGGAGGAGCCUGAGGCUUCGGGGGGCCUGCCGGCCAUCACACUGCAUGACAUCACCCCCGACAUCUUCACCCAUGUGCUCUACUACAUAUACAGUGACCACACUGAGCUGCCUCCUGAGGCGGCCUAUGACGUGCUGUGUGUUGCUGACAUGUACCUGCUGCCGGGCCUGAAGCGGCUGUGUGGCCGCAGCCUGGCCCAGCUGUUGGAUGAGGACAGUGUGGUGGGCGUGUGGCGUGUGGCCAAGCUGUUCCACCUGGCCAGGCUUGAGGAUCAGUGCACUGAGUACAUGGCCAAGGUCAUCGAGAAGCUGGUGGAGCGGGAGGACUUUGCGCAGGCUGUGAAAGAGGAGGCUGCAGCCGUGGCAGCCCGGCAGGAGACAGACUCCAUCCCCCUGGUGGACGACAUCCGUUUCCACGUGGCCAGCACAGUGCAGACCUACAGUGCCAUUGAGGAGGCGCAGCAGCGGCUGCGGGCCCUGGAGGACCUGCUCGUGGCCAUCGGCCUGGACUGCUAA